UGGGGCUUACGUCCGAUAGUGGUGAUUUUCUUACUAUUGCUCAAAACGCGAUAUUGGCAGAUGUUAGUGAUGUCAGAACAAUUAUUCAUUUCAAAUUUUCGAUGAUUGACUAUCGCCGUUGAACAUUUCUCAUCAAAAUAUCAUAGCCCAAACUUGUGCACCAAAUUGACAAUUAGUGUUAUCAUGAGUCACCAGGUGAAAAGGUCUGAGAAUGAAACUUUCAAGACAGCAGAGCGUAGCAGACGUUCUCGGGCCAAAGUCCCUCGUUGGAAAGCAUUGCGACUAGCUAUAUAUGAUCCAUCGACAAAAAAAUUUCUAGGAAGAACAAAAUCUAGCUGGGGUGUUGUCGGUCUUUUCUACUUGGUCUUCUUCACCGUGCUAGUAAUACUCUGUGCGAUUUGCUACAAAGGAUUGAUGCUAUCGAUUGAUUUGAAACGACCAACAUACAUAUUAGAAGAUAGUCUCAUUGGUACAAGCCCUGGCCUUGGUUUUCGUCCGAUUUCGGAUGAUAUAAAUCAGGGAUCUUUGGUCUGGUACAACACGAGUAAUUCAAGUGACGUCAAAACAUGGAAGAAAAGAAUUGACAAAUUUCUGGAUGUGUACGUAAAUAGUUCGCUGUUACCAACACGAGGUAAAAACCAGAGAUUCUGUACCAAUAUCCAACCAGUUUCGGCAAAAACUGUGUGCGCUUUUGACGUUACCGGUUGGGGUGACUGCUCCCCGGGUGGUAACUAUGGUUAUGACAAUUCAACGCCAUGUUUUUUUAUCAAGUUGAACAAGAUAUAUGGAUGGGUACCGUCUUAUUACAAUGGAAAUAAACCUUUACCCCUGGACAUGCCACCGAAUAUCAGGGAUAAGAUAAAAUCAACUAAUUUUUCAAAUCUCAAUGUGGUGUGGGUUUCUUGUCAAGGUCAAAAUCCAGCUGACCGUGAAAUGAUAGGCGAUAUUAAAUACUACCCGACACACCAUGGAUUUCUUGGUUAUUACUUUCCUUUUACCAAUACGCCUGGUUACCUCAGUCCUCUAGUAGCCGUGCAAUUUUCCAGCUCCAAAAAAAAUGUUAUUAUCAAUGUUGAAUGUCGAGCAUGGGCUGAAAACAUCCGAUAUAGUGGCCGUACUCAAAAUCGAGAAGGAUCUGUACAUUUCGCAUUUAUGAUUGAUAUUUGAGAAACAAAGUACACUGUUUCGGCUUGUGCAUCGCGACAUCCUGAAUGCCCCAUCUACACACUUACUUUCCUAUGACUUUAUCCUAAACGUAGUGAAAAAUAUUGUAUCGAAAUGCAAGUAUAUAUGUUACUCCAGUCAGAGUUCAUUUAUACUAAUCAUUUAUUAUAUUCAAAUGUAGCGAAUAAUAAAAAACUAUCCUUCUGAAGAUGUGAGUCGGAUAGUGUUUGCAAACAUUUGACG